AUGAAGAACUUAGCAAGAAGCUAUGUGUGGUGGAAAGGGAUAGAUAAGGAUAUUGAAGGUUUAGUAAAAUGUUGUUUAUAUAAGAAUAAUCCAAGCAAACAAACACCAUAUCAUCCUUGGGAGUAUCCAACUCAGCCGUGGCAGUGUAUUCAUGUUGAUUACGCGGGUCCGUUCCAGGAAAGGUUGUUGCGUGAAACAUUUGCACGAUUUGGCAUUCCAACAACUUUAGUGAGUGAUAACGGAACCUGUUUUACAUCUCAAGAAUUUCAGAAGUUUUUACAACUUAAUGGAGUCAAACACAAACUUACAGCACCUUAUCAUCCGGCUACGAAUGGCCAAGCUGAAAGAUUCGUACAAACUGUCAAACAAGGAUUAAGAACUAUGUCAGGUGAAGGAGACUUAUCUGUAAGGUUGACACGUUUGUUAAUGCAAUACAGGCGAAUUCCACAUUCCGAAACGGGACAAUCACCGGCGGAGUUGUUAUUUAAGAAUCAUUACCGAACCAGGUUGGACUUGGUGAGAAGAGACCUUCCUGCAGAAAAAAAUGAUAGAAUUCCUGAUGGAACUUCGAGAGAUUUCCAAGUAGGUGACUAUGUACAGGCGAGAUUUUAUGCUAACAAAGAUGAGAAGUGGAAGUUCGGAGAGGUAUCGCAAAAACAUGGAAAACUACACUAUGAGGUCAAUAUCGAGGGACAGUCGCACCGACGACAUCAGGACCAACUGACAAGUUGUGGAAAAACCAAUGACGAAACUGAGCCGACUGUUGAAGAAACGCCAAAACCAGAAAAUACAGAGAAAAGUGAUUCAGAUCCAAUUCCGGAAGUGAUACAACAGAAUGUUCCAGGAAUAAGGAAAUCAUCUAGAAUUAGGAAACCUCCAAAUAAGUUAAAUCUUUGA